AUGGAAGCUUCGCCUUACCAAUCCGGACCGACCUUCUCCAACAUCAACUUUGCCUUCACACCAGCAGCCAUGUCGACCGCCGACGAGCUCAAAGCUCUGGGCAACAAGGCCAUCGCCGCAAAGAACUUCGACGAGGCUAUUGACUACUUCACCAAGGCCAUCGCCAUCACACCCGAGAACCACAUCCUCUACAGCAACCGAUCCGCCGCCUACGCCUCCAAGAAGGAGUGGGACAAUGCGCUGAAGGACGCCGAGAAGACCACAGAGAUCAAGCCCGACUGGCCAAAGGGCUGGAGCCGCAAGGGCGCAGCUCUGUACGGAAAGCGUGAUCUGCUCGGUGCCAACGACGCCUACGAGGAGGGCCUCAAGCUGGACCCAAACAAUGCAGGCCUCAAGAAUGAUCUCGCCAGCGUGCAGAGAGCGAUGGAGCAGGAGGCGGGCAUGCCAGGCAUGGGCGGUGAUCCGUCUGGCGGCCUCGGACAGAUGUUCAACGACCCUCAGCUGAUCCAGAAGCUCGCCUCGAAUCCCAAGACCAGCGCCCUCCUCGCAGACCCGACCUUCAUGGCCAAGCUACAAGCCAUCCGCAACAACCCCAAGAACACACAGGAGCUCUUCAGCGACCCGCGGAUGAUCCAGGUUCUUGGCGUCCUCAUGGGUGUGGACAUGGAUAUGGCGAUGCCGCCUGAGGGUGGUGCUGCCGGCGCCUCGUCUAGGCCCACCGAGGUUGAGGAGGAGAUGCCAGAUGCUCCGCCACCGAAAUACACUCCACCCCCGCAGAAGAAGGCCCCCGAGCCCGAGCCCGAACCGGAGCCGAUUGAGGAGGACGAGGAGGCCGUUGCCGCCAAGAAGGCCAAGGAGGAAGCCGACAAGGAAAAGGCCAUCGGCACGGAGAACUACAAGAAGCGCAACUUCGACGCCGCGAUCGAGCACUACCAGAAGGCGUGGGAUCUGCACAAGGACAUCACCUACCUCAACAACCUGGGCGCUGCGUACUUUGAGAAGGGCGACUAUGCCGCCUGCGUCGAGACCUGCACCAAGGCCGUGGAGGAGGGCCGGUCGCUGUACGCCGACUUCAAGGUGAUCGCCAAGAGCUACGCGCGCAUUGGGUCCGCGUACGAGAAGCAGGGCGACCUGGAGAAGGCAGUCGAGCACUACAACAUGUCCCUCCGCGAGCACCGCACGCCGGACGUAGUCAACAAGCUGCGUGCCGCCGAGCGCAAGAAGAUCGAGGACGCCAAGAAGGCGUACGUGGAUCCGGCCAAGGCGGAGGAGGCGCGCGAGGAGGGCAAUGCCAAGUUCAAGGCGUCCGACUGGCCCGGCGCCGUGGCCGCGUACAGCGAGAUGAUCAAGCGGGCGCCCGAGGACCCGCGCGGGUACAGCAACCGCGCCGCCGCCUUCGUCAAGCUGCUCGAGUUCCCCAGCGCCCUCGACGACUGCGACGCCGCCAUCAAGCGCGACCCCAAGUUCAUCCGCGCCUACAUCCGCAAGGCCCAGGCGUACUUUGGCAUGCGCGAGUACAGCAAGUGCCUCGACGCCUGCACCGAGGCCAGUCAGGUCGACGCCGAGCACCACGCCGGCGCCAACGCCCGCGAGAUCGAGCAGCAGCAGCAGAAGGCCAUCACGGCCAUGUACGCGGCCCGUGAGAACGAGACCGAGGACCAGACGCGCGAGCGUCUCGCGCGUGAUCCUGACAUUAUGAGCAUCAUGCAAGACCCCGUCAUGCAGGCCAUCCUGCAGCAGGCGCAGUCUGACCCGGCCGCUCUUUCCGAGCACAUGAAGAACCCCAGCGUGCGGUCCAAGAUCCAGAAGCUCAUUGCUGCCGGUGUUAUCCGCGUCGGUCGGUAG